CCCAUUAAAAUUAUGCCUCUCCUUCCCGAAACCAACCCUAAUCCUCAAACUGAACCUAAAUCUCAAAUUCCGACUAAUCCACCUAAUCAAGGACUUUUUACUUUACCAGAUUCGAUGUCAGGAACGAUGGCGGAAGUCCAAACCGCUUUGCAGCAACUCCAAUUAACCCAAUCCCAAAUUAUUACUAAUCAAAAUCAAAUCUAUCAACACCUUGAACAGUUAAAAACUAAUGCUACUCAGCAACUCACUAAUUUAACUGACCAAUUUAAAUCACUUCGUUUAACCCAUACCCAAGAGAAAAAACAAAUCGAAUUUAACCCUAACCCUAAAUUAGAAUCCGACUAUUAA